GAGAACGACAAACCAUUUGGCUCGAACCAACAACAAUGGAACCAAAACCACCACCAUCGUCGUCUUCGCCAUCCUCCUCCUCUUCCUCCAGAAACGACACCAAGUUGGCCAAAACGACGGACUUCUUUCCAUUAACCGACGACCUUCUCCACAACAUUCUGUCGAGACUACCGGCGGUGUCGUUUGCUUCGGCUGCCUGCGUCAGCAAGUCCUGGAAUCAGCUCUGUAACCAGGUCCUCUCUCGCCCUAAGCUCACCUCCGCGCUCUCUCUCGAUCCUUCUCCUAAGAUUGCUGUGAGAGAGGUUGUUGAUAAAGUUCUUGCCGAGCCAAUUCGACCCCAUUUCGUUAUUGCAAGUGUUGGAAGUGGGUUUCGCUUGUAUGAAGUUUCCAGGCUUAUUUCAAGGAGAUUGGGUUCGAAAACCCCGUUAAUUAUAUCAACAUCUCUUGGAGUAAUUGGAAGAGAUGCUAAUACUGAUGAAGUUAAAGAGGUUCAUUUCUUUGUCAAGUGGAUUAGUUUUGGUGGAGAUUUAAGUGAUGAUGAUGGUUCAAUAACUGCAGAGGAUGACAACUAUGGUAUAGUUUUGACUGUUGGGUUUGUACCAGGACUUGUAGUUGAUGUUGUCCCAUUGUUACGACCAACAAAGGAACCUCGAAAUGCAUUGCUUGAGAAAUUUGUUACGGACAUAAGGGAUUUCAGCUCCUCUGUUUCGGGUGGUAAAUCCCCAGUAGGGAUUAUACUCUUUGGAAUGGCACAGGAAGGGCUUGUUGACAUGAAACCAAUACUCAACAUUUUGGAUUAUGCUAUGCCUAAGGAGACUGUUAUUGUGGGUGAUGAGAGAGGUCGCUUUUUGUACAGGAGUAGAAAUGAGUCUCAAAAUUUCUGUGGAAGCGCUAAAUACUUUACUGAUGCAGUUGCUCUUGUAUUUGCAAGGGAUAGAAACAGGGAUUACGGCAAUGGAAACAUUCAAUUCCAUGUCGCAUUAUCCAAUGGAGUGUCACCAGUUGGUCCAAGAUACAAGGCAGUUUCUGUUAAAAGGAAUUGUUCUGAUCAUUCAACUUGGCUUACGGCGAAAUUAGAAGGGCAACAGGCUGUUCUUGAUGGGCAAAGAAUUUUGAAUGAUAUCAAUAAUGCGUUGGGGGAUCAUGUUGAUUCUUCUGAUCUGUACAUUGGAGUUACAAAAAGGAGAAACUGUACUAUCCGAUCAGAAAAGCCAAGAUUGAUAACAUCCUUAGCUUUCCAUGGAGUUGUAGAGGGAGAUGAAGAGUAUCUUUAUGUAAGUGGUGAAGGCAUCAGAACAGGAGAUUACUUCCAAUUCUACCGUUCGGAUCCUGAAGCUGCAUUUCACUCAAUCAAUAGUGUCUCUCAAAAAAUAAAAAACUUAAAACUAGAUCAAAAUCAGAAGAACAGAAGUCCUGAAAUUUUUGGAGGAUUGAUUUUCUCAUGUUAUGGCCGCAGUGAACCCUUCUUCACAAGCAACACUGACAGCGGCCCAUUUGUGGAGAACUUGGCCGACGUUCCAUUUGCCGGAAUAUUUUGUGGAGGGGAAAUUGGGCGUGGUCCUACGAGCUUGAUCGAGGAAGGUCAGCAAGAAAGUCCUCUCAGCUGCUGUCUACAUGUCUAUAGUGCUGUUUAUCUUGUGAUGACAUGUACUCCUUAGAAUUGCUAGUUACCUUUCUGAAUAAUGAUGCUUGUGUGUGAUAUUGGGAAUUAGUAUAUGUCCAUGAAGUUGAUAUUUGUGCUGUAAUGUUUCGAAUAGGAAAUGAAAAUAAGUCGCUUUCUUUUC